UUUAAAGUUUAAACCAAAUUGGCAGCUCAGCUGUGGCGACCAGCUGAUCGCCUGUUCUCUCACAUGUUUAUAAAAGUGUUUUUUGUUAUUAUUUAACAUUUUCUGAAUAAAACAGAGGCCUAUCUUCAUGUAUCUGAACUAUAUUUCACGCGCACAAUGGAAAUACUUUCGACAUCUUCUGCAAAUGCGCCAUAUGAGACUGCUGGCAGGGAAGCACACAAAUCUCACGGCAAGACUGCCUCUCCAAGGCGUCUCUCUACCGGCGUUUGCAGCAGAAGGCCCACUGCAGCGAAGACUCUACAGCUUCGAGAGCGAUGAUCCAAUGGAUGCUACAAUCACAAGGAGUUCUUCAGACCUGGACCCACUUCUAAAGCGACUAGCAGAGGCGCCAACAAUUGACAGUGUUUUGGAUGUCAUGAUCAACAAUGCCAUGCAGCACACCCACAUUGUGGAGGGAAUCUCGAUUUUGUGGCAGCAUUAUCAGGGCGUGGAUCAGCCAGACAGAAGUGCCCUCACGGAGCGCCUACUACAGAGUAUACUGCCUCUGCUGGAACCUCACAUAAACCAACUAGACGUCGACGAACUUAGUCGAACCUACCUCUACCUCCGCAAGAUGCACAUACCCAACUGCAAUCCUGCAGUCGAGGCAGUUCUAAUGCGAGCGCUUCUUCUGGUAAACAACCAGGUGGACAAGGACAACCCAGUGCCUCUGACCGCCCUAUCCCGACUGUCAGUGGGUAUCAACCUGGAACGUGACUUCUUUACUCCUCUCGUUUGUAGGAACUUUGUCCACUAUCUGGAGAAUCACAUCGCUCAGUGCCGCAGUGAAGAGCAGGUCCGCCUGCUGUCCACUUGUCUAUUCCAGCUUCACAUGAUUGUCGAUGAGGAACUGCUCAAUAGCUUUAAGCUAAAAGUGAUUCAAUUGAUAGACGAAAAUGUCCUCAGCCAUGAAACUCCAAAGGCUCUGCUCAAAGUGAUCCACAUGUUGAAUAUUCCAGUGUGGUCCCAAGAGCACACUCAGCUUAUCAGAAAGAUCAUGCUGGUCCUGGAGCCAUGCAUUCCUCAGCUAGAUCCCGGUGACUUGAAAAGCGUUUGUCGGACCUUUUUGCACCACCAAGAGCCAGCGGAACUGGCGAGUUCUCUAAAGGAGUCUUCGGAAAAGCUCUUAAAGGAGGAGGCCUCGGCAGACGCUCUCUCCUGCCUAGUACCCUUUGCUACUCCGCUGGAAAGGGACAAGUACACGCAACGCUUUCGAGAACUCCUGCACUCGGAAGAAGCCUGGCUGCUUCCCAAUGCCAGUGGCCACUUUUUUAGCGUGCUACGUGCACUGAAGAUCGCCGACCUUAAGUUCUGCAACACCUACUGGUCAGGUGUCGUACGGGAGUUGGAUUCGUGCGCGGAGGAGCAGACGCAUCUGCGAUUUCUGAGACACUGUCAACGCUAUAUGAACUUCAAUAACAACCUGGGAGGAACGUAUCGCCAUUUCGAGGUGGAAAAGAAGCUGAGUCAUAUGUGCAUGAGCGCCAUGGAGGAAGACAUAUCGGGUCGGCUACCCACCAAGUUCGCACGCCUGGCCGCCUUUGUCCUGGCGUAUGGACACACUCCGUUCUCCUGGAAGAAGUUUCCCAAUGUUUUGCUGAGCAAGUUACUGGCUAUGGCUCCGCAGCUGGACAUCAAUGAGUGCUUCCUUCUCAGCAGGGGCAUGCAGAUAGCUUGCGAACUCCGGUUUCGGCAGCACCUUCCGUCGCUGGCGAGCAUGCAACUGGCGACCAUGGACAACGUGCUCAUCAGCUGCGCUGAGAGGCACCUGGCAAGAGCCGACGAGGAGCCGUUGAGUGCCAGUGAUCUUAGCAUGAUUGUGCGAACGCUGAGCCAUCGAAAGUGUAAGGCCCUGAAGAACACAGUGGUCUACAACAAAUCCCUGUCGCUAUACAAAUCUCUGCAUUGCAAGGAUCUCAGUUCGCGGGUAGUUCGAGACAUGGCGUAUAAUUUUAAUGCAUCGCAGUUCCUCGUUCCUGAGCUGCUGGAGUCUAUGUUUGGCUACAUCUCCGAACAGCAUAAGCACGUCACGGGAGAUACCGUGGAAAAGGUUCUUACUUGUUCCUAUAACUUGGGAUACACUCCGACCUCCCUGGAGGUUUUGGAACAUGCUUCGGAAGUGUUGAUAAGGGACUUUGAUCAGAUGAGCGGGCUGGCGAUCGUCCAAGCGUGCCUGGCACUUUGCUUUUACAAAUCCAUACCGGAGGAGUUGAUCAACAGGAUAUUCUGCGUAAAGUUCAUACAGCGCAUUGAGGAUGAGAUACAAGUCUGCUACUCUAAGGCCACCUAUCCGGAGCGGGUGCUGAAUCUGGUUAUGCAGCUGAACCGCACGGUCUGCUUGGAUCUUCCCGAGGCGAAUGUUCCCUGGUUUCAGCAAAAUUAUAUUGAAGCCCAAAUGAGCAAAAGACCCUUGCAGUCAACUGCGUUUAGUAAAGAUGUGAAGGAGUUAUUGGAGAAAAUACUCAAGGAUAAAAAUCAUUUCCGUUGCAAUCACACGACUCCUUACGGCUACCAAAUAGACUUUGUGAUACAUUUCGAUCGGGAUAGGAAACCAAUACCAGCGCCUCCUGUGGAGGCCACCAUGUUGGAUCGCAUAACCAAAGUGGCUAUACUUCUCCUUAGGUUAGACUCCUUUUGCGAGAAUGACCUCACAGCUCUGCGAGGACCCGAGUCUUUGAAGAUGAAACAUCUGGAAAUGAUGGGCUACAAAGUUCUGCAGAUCAACGAACACGACUGGAACUCCAAGUACAUGGCGGCACCAGGUGCCAAGGCCAACUAUUUAAAGUGCUUGUUACAGAUUUCCAACUAG